UGAUCACAUGCUGCUCUGUGCUCUACCUGGGGUUCAGGUUUGUAUAUAAAGAGCAGAGCAGCCUCCUCUUCAUCACUGCAGCAUCAGCUGAUACCUGAAGAACCUCAACACACAUCUACCACACAGACGUUAAGUCUCUUCAUCAAUCUUCAUCGUCCUCAACAUCUUCAUCAUGAAGACCCUCCUCCUCCUCACGGUUGUGCUCAGCAGUGUUCUUGCUGUCACAGCGCAAGAAGUCGAAGCCGUUGAACCAGUUGAAGGAAAACAGGAGCUGCAGGAGGAAAACCUGGUCUCAGUGGCAGAAAAUGAAGCUGGAGAGUUUGUUCCUGAAGCAGAAGAGCCUGAGAUGUUGUCUGCUGGAGAGAUGGCUCCUUCAGUCAAAGGUCGUUUCUUUGUGUGUCCUGCUGGUUGGGAGAGAUACAAGAGCAGCUGCUAUCUGUAUGUGAGCGCUGGCAAAUCCUGGAGCAACGCUGCGGCCAAUUGCAAUAAUCUUGGAGCCACCAUGGCUUCUGCCCAUGAUUUGUUUGAGUACAGCUUCCUGCAGCAGCUGACCCGUAGGGCAGGAAGCACAGUGGCCUGGAUGGGGGGACUUUACUUCCAGGGCUGGAGGUGGGUGGACCAGAGUCCCUGGAACUACAACUUCUGGAGCGCUCAUCACACUGUCAGCGUAUACCAGUGCCUCCACGUCAAAACCAGCGCUGGUUGGGCCAAUAAUAACUGUGGUAUUACAUGGCCGUCCAUCUGCAGGAAGGGCACUGAUGGCUGCUAAACCAGACAGCAGCACACACGUGUUUAUUGACCUCAAUCAUCAUUAGAAUGUGAAGGAGGACAUUUUGCCUGUUAGCUUACCAGAGAUUUGAAAAAAAUGAUCAAUCUGUCCUGGAUCAGGAGUUUGCAGUGUUGGUGCAGAGUGUUUCUGCAGUGACAGAUCUGUUGAUGGCUUCUUGCUGUAUAUGCUACUUCUUCUCUCUUAAUGUGAUGUAAUCAAAUGCUACGAUAUGUAAACGGGUUGAAGAUCAGCAAAGUUGUUUUUCUUGUGUUUUUGUACUUUGGAAUAUAUGUUUUAUGAUGAAUAAUGUUCAGAAGAUGUUAAAAUGUAUUAAAUAAAUAAAUGAAAUGAACAUUG